GCUUUUUAAUCUUUAUUUUAAUAUAUUAUAAUAACAAUAAUGUAAUGUUAAUAUACGAAACGUUUUUAGAAAACUUUUGUAAUUUUGUAAUCUAUAUAAUAAUUGUUACAGAUCCAGUUCAAAUUGAUAAAUUCGAAGAAUAAAAGGUGGUAAUAAAUAGUUAUUGCCUCAUCUUGUACAAUUUUAAUUACUGAAAUUUUUUAUAACAAUAAUAUGCGAUAAUUUUCUUUUAUUCUCUAAUUUGAAAUUAAUGGUUGCGCGCUUCCAGCCAUUCACUGAAAAGUGCUAUUGCGCAGGCUCGAUUUUUCUAAGCUGGAACUGGCCGGAACACACGGCAACACGCGGCAUAUACUGGUGCCGGCCAAAGUUAAAUGUUUACUUUUCGCAGACAUAAAUGUGUUUUCAGUGCAAAUGAUCUUUUUCUGAACAUUGUGUAGUACUAUAGAAAACGCAUUGUGUAGUAUAGAACGUUGUGUAGAAGCAGGGAAAACCAGAUACAGUAAGUAUAUUUCUUUUGAUGAGUCUUCGAUUUCUUUUAGAUUAUAAACCAUCUAAAUAUUUCUUCCUCAUUAUUUCUAUAACGUAAUUAUACAUGCAUUUUGCAAUGUUUAAUGCUUCAUAUGUGUAAACAAACGUAAAAAUCUGUGGAUAGUUUUAAUUUAUACUUAUAAUUUAUAGCUACAAUAAAAUACGCAGUAUUGAUAUUUGUUAACUUUAUAUAUACUGUAACGAAGCGAUCACAAGCAUAUAGGCGCAUGCGAGUAGAAGUGUGCCUGUGGUGCGGGGAGCGGGCGAUGGAUGGGCGAUGCGGUGUAAAUUAAAACAAAGGGAAGUCGCAGUUGUCACCAGGGGUCUCAAGCCCCCGAAUUUUCCUGUUACUAUGUAGCAUUCUUUUGAUAAAAAAUUGCAAUUCAAUUACGAUAUCGCUCGUCUUGAUGCCGCCUCUCGCAUUCAUUACGUUCUCGACCACGGGCCAGAGUACACGCUUCCGCACGUACGAAAAUCGUGAAUUAUAAUUUGAUACGAAAUUAUUCACUCUUUCUUUUCUCUAAAGACGAGGAUUAAGUAAAGAGUUGAGAUACGAGUGGCUGCUUCAGAGUGUGCCAAGACGAAAGAAUUUUUUCGAAGGAAAUAACAUCACAAAGAUUACGGCAAGAUUAGAUCAAAAUCAAACUAAAGGCUGCGUUUGAUUCAUUAAUUGGAGCAGUAGAAAUGUCAGAUCAAACAUGGACUGUCGUCAGAUUUAUUGACGAAGAUACAGUCGAGGCAGUACCAUCUAGUUGGAUCAUACAAAACCGAUGUUAUUGGCCGCCGUUUAAAAACGAUAAAAUUAUGGCCAUUAUUCGGAAAAAUGAACAACCGAAUACAUGUUGGCCUUCUUACGAAAUCAGCAUAUUUCGAAACAGCACUUUUGCCGAUUACAAAACUGCCAGGGAAAAAUGCAAAAAGUCAGAAUGCAUUUCUGAUUUAAAUUCUGAAAUAGAUGUACGGCGAAAGCGACCCAGUAAACGACUAUUAUCUUCUUCCGAUGACGAGGAUGAUAGGACCCUACCAACACUUCCGCUUUUAAAACAAGUGACGGGAGCUCAAAACAAAAAAAAGACAAAAUCUCAACUCAACCUUUCGUCAAAUGAAAGUGAUGCAUCCAGUGUGUUACAUGAUGAGCCAGCAAACAUUUUAGACAACAAGAUUUCAAGCAAUAAUUUGAUUUGCACUUGCAAACAUUGUCCAAUUCACAAAGAGUUACAAAAUAAUAACGUGACAUAUUUUAAAGAAAUUAUACGACAACAGCAUCUCCUUAAAGCAGAAAUUUGGCAACAAAGUGACAAUUUAAGAAUUAUUAAAAAUGCAGUUGAGAAUCCGAAUUAUGCACAUUUUAAUAAUGCAGACGAUGUCAGGAAGCAAUCCAUUUUUUAUUCCUGCAAUAUCGCAAUAUCCCUAUGGAUAAUGAAAGGCAAUUAGGGCAAAUGGAAGGCUUUUUGAAAACGGAUGAAAAUUUUAAUACAUCGCUAAAUAUUUAAUGUAUAUAGUUAUCAUUUAUUUCAUAUAAAAUUAUAUUAUUUAUUGCUCCAAAAUUAAAAACUAAACGGGAAAUAAAUAAUAGGCAAACAGCGUAGCUAAGUUUACGUGCUAUCAAAUAUU